UCUCUAUAAAAGCAUCAGUCUUCCUUCGCCACAAGAUCGGACAGGGACCCAUUCACGCAGGCAUUUUCAAGACUCUGACCUUGAUUUCUCUGAACUGAGGCUUUGAGAAAGAAGGCAUCAUGGGAGAUGGUGAAAUGGAGUGCUUUGGCCCGGCGGCCGUUUACCUCCGGAAGCCAGAAAGGGAGAGGAUCGAGGCUCAGAACACUCCGUUCGAUGCUAAAACGGCAUAUUUUGUUACUGAGCCCGAUAACAUGUACCUUAAGGGGACACUUGUUAGUAAAGACGGUGGCAAAGCUACAGUCAAAACUCUGUGUGGAAAGACGCUGACAGUUAAAGAAGAUGAAAUCUUUCCCAUGAAUCCUCCCAAGUUUGAUAAGAUUGAAGACAUGGCCAUGAUGACCCAUCUCAAUGAGCCUGCCGUGCUGUAUAACCUCAAAGAGCGUUACGCAGCGUGGAUGAUCUACACCUACUCAGGUUUAUUCUGCGCCACUGUCAACCCCUACAAGUGGCUGCCGGUGUACGACACAGUUGUCGUGAAUGGUUACAGGGGCAAAAAGAGAAUUGAAGCCCCGCCCCACAUCUUCUCCAUCUCUGACAACGCCUAUCAGUUCAUGCUCACAGAUCGUGAGAACCAGUCGGUCCUAAUUACCGGAGAAUCCGGUGCGGGAAAGACCGUCAACACCAAACGUGUCAUCCAGUACUUCGCGACAAUCGCCGUGUCUGGACCGAAAAAGGCAGAACCUGGAAAAAUGCAGGGGUCGCUGGAGGAUCAAAUCAUCGCAGCUAACCCCCUGCUGGAGGCUUACGGUAAUGCCAAGACCGUGAGGAACGACAACUCGUCUCGUUUUGGUAAAUUCAUCAGGAUUCACUUUGCCACCACUGGAAAACUGGCCUCGGCUGAUAUUGAAACUUAUCUGCUGGAAAAGUCAAGAGUCACGUUCCAGCUGUCUGCUGAGAGGAGCUAUCACAUCUUCUACCAGCUCAUGACCGGACACAAACCAGAGCUGCUCGAGGCCCUGCUCAUCACCACCAACCCUUAUGACUAUCACAUGAUCAGUCAGGGUGAAAUCACUGUCAAGAGCAUCGAUGACGUGGAGGAGUUCAUCGCCACUGAUACCGCCAUUGACAUUCUGGGCUUCACCGCUGAAGAGAAAAUAGGCAUCUACAAGUUCACAGGUGCUGUGAUGCAUCAUGGCAACAUGAAGUUCAAGCAGAAGCAGAGAGAGGAGCAGGCUGAACCUGACGGCAAUGAGGUGGCCGAUAAAAUCGCCUACCUCCUGGGCCUGAACUCGGCGGACAUGCUGAAAGCUUUGUGCUAUCCCAGAGUGAAGGUCGGAAAUGAGUAUGUGACCAAAGGCCAAACCGUUCCACAGGUGAAUAAUGCAGUCUCAGCUCUCUGCAAGUCAAUCUAUGAGAAAAUGUUCUUGUGGAUGGUCGUCCGUAUCAAUGAGAUGUUGGACACCAGGCAGCCCAGACAGUUCUUCAUUGGUGUGCUGGACAUUGCCGGAUUUGAGAUCUUUGAUUACAACAGCCUGGAGCAGCUCUGCAUCAACUUCACAAACGAGAAACUGCAACAGUUCUUCAAUCACCACAUGUUUGUGCUGGAGCAAGAGGAGUACAAGAAAGAAGGCAUCGAGUGGGCGUUCAUUGACUUUGGGAUGGACUUAGCUGCCUGCAUUGAGCUUAUUGAGAAGCCAAUGGGCAUCUUCUCCAUCCUUGAAGAGGAGUGCAUGUUUCCCAAAGCCACAGACACCAGUUUCAAAAACAAGCUUUACGAUCAACAUCUUGGCAAAACUGCAGCUUUCCAGAAGCCCAAACCUGCCAAAGGCAAAGCUGAGGCUCACUUCGCUCUGGUGCACUAUGCAGGCACUGUCGACUACAACAUUACUGGCUGGUUGGACAAGAACAAAGAUCCACUGAACGAUUCUGUUGUGCAACUCUAUCAGAAGUCAUCAGUCAAACUUUUGUCGUUUCUGUAUGUCGCUCAUGCAGGGAGUGAAGAGUCUGGAGGUGGAAAGAAGGGGGGAAAGAAGAAGGGAGGCUCCUUCCAAACCGUGUCUGCGAUGUUUAGGGAGAACUUAGGCAAGCUGAUGACGAACCUGAGGAGCACUCAUCCUCACUUCGUACGCUGCUUGAUUCCAAACGAGUCCAAGACUCCAGGCCUGAUGGAGAACUUCCUGGUCAUCCACCAGCUGAGGUGUAAUGGUGUGCUGGAGGGUAUUAGAAUCUGCAGAAAGGGUUUCCCCAGCAGAAUCCUCUACGCUGACUUCAAGCAGAGAUACAAAGUAUUAAACGCCAGCGUUAUCCCAGAGGGACAGUUCAUUGACAACAAGAAAGCUUCAGAGAAACUCUUGGGCUCCAUUGAUGUUGACCACACCCAGUACAAGUUUGGACACACCAAAGUGUUCUUCAAAGCUGGUCUGCUGGGUACCCUUGAGGAGAUGAGAGAUGAGAAACUAUCACAGCUGGUUACCAUGACUCAGGCUUUGUGCCGAGGAUUCCUCAUGAGAAGAGAGUUUGUCAAAAUGAUGGAGAGGAGAGAAUCAGUUUAUACCAUCCAAUACAACAUCCGCUCAUUCAUGAAUGUGAAACACUGGCCAUGGAUGAAGCUGUACUUCAAGAUCAAGCCUCUUCUGAAGAGUGCAGAGACAGAGAAAGAACUCUCCCAAAUGAAGGAGAACUACGGAAAAAUGAAGGAGGACCUGGAGAAGGCGCUCGCCAAAAAGAAGGAGAUCGAGGAGAAAAUGGUGUCACUCCUGCAGGAGAAAAAUGACCUUCAACUUCAAGUAGCAUCAGAAACAGAGAAUCUCUCUGAUGCUGAGGAAAGAUGUGAAGGUCUUAUCAAAAGCAAGAUCCAGCUCGAGGCCAAACUCAAAGAGACAUCCGAAAGAUUGGAAGACGAGGAGGAGAUCAAUGCUGAACUCACUGCUAAGAAGAGGAAACUGGAGGAUGAAUGCUCUGAGCUGAAGAAAGAUAUUGAUGACCUGGAGCUCACCUUAGCCAAAGUGGAAAAGGAGAAACAUGCAACUGAAAACAAGGUGAAAAACCUGACUGAGGAGAUGGCCUCUCAGGAUGACAGCAUUGCCAAGCUGACCAAAGAGAAGAAAGCCCUGCAAGAGGCUCACCAACAGACCCUAGAUGACCUGCAGGCAGAGGAAGACAAAGUCAACACUCUAACUAAAGCCAAGACAAAACUUGAGCAGCAAGUGGAUGAUCUUGAGGGUUCACUGGAGCAAGAGAAGAAGCUCCGUAUGGACCUUGAAAGAGCCAAAAGGAAGCUUGAGGGUGACCUGAAACUGGCCCAGGAAUCCAUAAUGGACCUGGAGAACGACAAACAACAAUCAGAUGAAAAGAUCAAGAAGAAGGACUUUGAGACAAGUCAACUACUCAGCAAGAUUGAAGAUGAACAGUCUAUGGGGGCACAGCUUCAGAAGAAGAUCAAAGAACUUCAGGCCCGUAUUGAGGAGCUGGAGGAGGAAAUUGAGGCCGAGCGAGCCGCUCGUGCCAAAGUGGAGAAGCAGAGAGCCGAUCUCUCCAGGGAACUUGAGGAGAUCAGCGAGAGGCUUGAGGAAGCUGGUGGUGCCACCAUUGCCCAGAUUGAGAUGAAUAAGAAGCGUGAAGUAGAAUUACAGAAAUUGCGUCGUGACCUGGAAGAGUCCACCUUGCAGCAUGAGGCCACAGCAGCGGCUCUCCGGAAGAAGCAGGCAGACAGCGUGGCCGAGCUCGGAGAACAGAUCGACAACCUUCAGCGAGUCAAGCAGAAGCUGGAGAAAGAGAAAAGCGAAUACAAGAUGGAGAUUGAUGAUUUAUCAAGCAACAUGGAGGCCGUGGCUAAAUCAAAGUCUAAUUUGGAGAAGAUGUGCCGAACCCUUGAAGACCAACUGAGUGAACUCAAGGCCAAGAAUGAUGAAAAUGUUCGUCAGCUCAAUGACACAAGUGCCCAGAAAGCAAGACUUUACACUGAGAAUGGUGAAUUUGCUCGCCAGCUGGAGGAGAAAGAAGCUCUUGUUUCUCAGCUCACAAGAGGAAAACAAGCUUUCACUCAGCAGAUUGAAGAACUCAAGAGACACAUUGAGGAGGAAGUUAAGGCCAAGAACGCUCUUGCCCAUGGUGUCCAAUCAGCCCGUCACGACUGUGAUUUGCUCAGAGAGCAGUUUGAGGAGGAACAGGAGGCAAAAGCCGAACUUCAGCGUGGAAUGUCCAAGGCCAACAGUGAGGUGGCUCAGUGGAGAACCAAAUACGAAACUGAUGCCAUCCAGCGCACUGAGGAACUUGAGGAAUCCAAGAAAAAGCUGGCCCAACGUCUCCAGGAGGCUGAAGAAUCUAUUGAGGCUGUGAACUCAAAGUGUGCUUCACUGGAAAAGACCAAACAGAGAUUGCAGGGUGAAGUAGAAGAUCUCAUGAUUGAUGUGGAGAGAGCAAAUGCAUUGGCUACCAACCUGGACAAGAAACAGAGAAACUUUGACAAAGUUCUGGCAGAGUGGAAACAGAAGUAUGAGGAAGGUCAGGCUGAGCUGGAAGGUGCUCAGAAAGAAGCUCGCUCCCUCAGCACUGAGCUUUUCAAGAUGAAGAACUCCUAUGAGGAAGCUCUCGACCAGCUGGAGACUCUGAAGAGAGAGAACAAGAAUCUGCAACAUGAGAUUUCUGACCUGACUGAGCAGCUUGGAGAGACUGGAAAGUGCAUUCAUGAGUUAGAGAAGUCCAAGAAGAUAGUGGAGUCUGAGAAAGCAGAGAUCCAGACUGCACUGGAAGAAGCUGAAGGCACACUGGAACAUGAAGAGUCCAAGAUUCUUCGUAUCCAGCUGGAGCUGAACCAGGUCAAGGGUGAGAUUGACAGGAAGCUUGCUGAGAAAGAUGAGGAGAUUGAACAGAUCAAGAGGAACAGCCAACGAGUGAUCGAUACCAUGCAGAGCACUCUGGACUCUGAGGUCAGGAGCAGAAACGAUGCCCUGAGAGUCAAGAAGAAGAUGGAGGGAGAUCUCAAUGAGAUGGAGAUUCAGCUAAGCUAUGCAAAUCGCCAGGCCGCCGAGGCCCAGAAACAGCUCAGGAACGUCCAAGGCCAACUCAAGGAUGCCCAACUGCACCUUGAUGAAGCCAUCAGAGGACAAGAAGACAUGAAGGAGCAGGUUGCCAUGGUGGAGCGCAGGAAUAACCUUAUGCAAGCAGAGAUCGAGGAGCUGAGAGCUGCACUGGAGCAAACCGAGAGAGGCCGUAAAGUGGCCGAGCAGGAGCUGUUGGACGCCAGUGAGCGUGUGGGACUCCUCCACUCUCAAAAUACAAGUCUUAUUAACACCAGGAAGAAGCUCGAGACGGAUCUGGUCCAGAUUCAAGGUGAGGUGGAGGAUUCUGUCCAGGAGGCCAGAAAUGCAGAGGAGAAAGCCAAGAAGGCCAUCACUGAUGCUGCCAUGAUGGCUGAGGAACUGAAAAAGGAGCAGGACACCAGUGCUCAUCUUGAGAGGAUGAAAAAGAACACAGAGGUGACGGUCAAAGACCUGCAGCACCGUCUGGAUGAGGCUGAGAGUCUGGCCAUGAAAGGUGGAAAGAAACAGCUCCAGAAACUGGAGUCCAGGGUUCGUGAGUUGGAGGCUGAAGUUGAGUCUGAACAGAGACGUGGUGCUGACGCUGUUAAAGGAGUGCGCAAAUACGAGAGGAGAGUGAAGGAGCUCAUUUACCAGACUGAAGAAGACAAGAAGAAUGUGAUCCGCCUGCAGGAUCUGGUGGACAAACUGCAGCUGAAAGUGAAGGCCUACAAGCGUCAAGCUGAGGAAGCUGAGGAGCAGGCCAACACUCACCUGUCCAGAUACCGGAAGGUGCAGAAUGAGCUGGAGGAAUGUCAGGAGCGCGCUGACAUCGCCGAAUCCCAGGUCAACAAGCUGAGAGCCAAGAGCCGUGAUGCUGGGAAGGGAAAAGAAUUAGCAGAGUAAGAGCUGGAGCAUGGAUCACAACAGAAGGCAAUCAUAAAAUAUGAAUGACUUUUAACCAAUAAACAGUUGAUAAAUAAACAGUGCAGUGCG